UUAAAAGACACAGGGGAAACCGAAAGUAGGAUAGUUUUCUGCGUAAAAAUACAUUUUACUAGUUAAAUAUUUCCGUGUUGCAGGCAACCAUCUUGAUCACAUUAUAUAUAAACUGGGUUUAUAUCCAUCGAUAUUUUGUUUCGCUGUGGACCAACACUGUUACUCUUGUGGUGUCGUUAAACAAAACAAACUUGUAUCACUGUGUCAGUAAUUCAAAAUGUCAAAAGGACAUUACGUAGACAACGCUCAGAAUCGCAGACUUGGACGCGUUGGUUUACAGCAUGGUACGGCAGUGCACUCUGCUAGUAGAUCUUCGGGAUCCUCACCAAAGACGUAUGUGAACAACACUCAGAACCGCAGCCUUGGACGCGUUGGUUUUCCACAUGGUACGGCGGUUCACUCUGCUGGUGGCUUUUCGUCAAAGACGUAUGUGGACAACGCUCAGAACCGCAGCUUUGGACGCGUUGGUUUACCACAUGGUAUGGCGGUUCACUCUGCUGGUGGCGUUUCGUCAAAGACGUAUGUGAACAACGCUCAGAACCGCAGCUUUGGACGCGUUGGUUUACCACAUGGUAUGGCGGUUCACUCUGCUGGUGGCGUUUCGUCAAAGACGUAUGUGGACAACGCUCAAAACCGCAGCUUUGGACGCGUUGGUUUACCACAUGGUAUGGCGGUUCACUCUGCUGGUGGCGUUUCGUCAAAGACGUAUGUGGACAACGCUCAGAACCGCAGCUUUGGACGCGUUGGUUUACCACAUGGUAUGGCGGUUCACUCUGCUGGUGGCGUUUCGUCAAAGACGUAUGUAGACAACGCUCAGAACCGCAGCUUUGGACGCGUUGGUUUACCACAUGGCACGGCGGUAAACUCUCCUGAUGGCUUUUCGUCAAAGACGUAUGUGGACAACGCUCAGAACCGCAGCCUUGGACGCGUUGGUUUACCACAUGGCACAGCGGUUCACUCUGCUAGUAGAUCUUCGGGAUCCUCACCAAAGACGUAUGUGGACAACACUCAGAACCGCAGCCUUGGAAGAGUAGGAAUGAAACACGGGACAGCUGUUGGUACGUCUAGUAUAAUUAUAAUUGAGUUUGAUGACGACGAGAAGAUAUACAUGAUGCGACAGGUCUGUGCUGGACUGACCUACCUGCAUCAGCGUGGCGUGGCCCACUGCGACAUCAAGUCCCAGAACGUGUUGCUGGACAUACUGACAGAUGACAACCGAUCGAAACGAGAGGCGUACAGAAACGUCACAGCCAAGAUCACCCGACUUUGGUCUGAGCAUGAUAAAGGCAGCGUCUGA